UCACAUGUCAGUUGGUCCAGCUGUCAAAGACUGUCCUACAUGUACAGAAGCUCCGGCAAUUGCUCUGACUUUGACCUCUUCUUUUGAUAGAGGAGAUGGCGCUGAUUGGGAUUCAGGUGGUGGUCAGUCUGCUGGCUGCCAGCAUCAUGCAGAGGAUGGCUCCACACUGCUCAUUUGCCCGCUGGCUCCUCUGUAAUGGCAGCUUGUUCCGAUUCAAACACCCUUCAGAGGGAGAGCUAUGUGCAUUGGCUGGAAAGCAGAUGCCAAAACUAAACAAAAGAGACAGACGACAGAAUGGGGAGAACAAGCCUCUAACUGUGCCCAAAGACAUCGACCUUUAUUUGGAGAAAGCACCAGUCAGGGUGGUUGAUGCUCUUGUGCUGCGUUUUUUCCUGGAGUACCAGUGGCUUGUAGAUUUUGCAGUCUAUGCAUUUGGUGUCUUCCUCUUCACUGAGUGUUACUACAGUGUGGUUGAUGCCAGCAAAGAGGUCAAUAUCGGAGCCAUCUGGUGUGUCAUUACAGUUCUUUUUGGUCUAAAGACCCUUCACACUCUGAUGAGCCACUACUUCCGCUCUGAGGAGGGUGGUGAACGCUCGGUGUGCCUUGCCUUUGGCUUUUUGUCUCUGUUGGUGGCCAUGCUGGUACUUGUGGUCAGAGAGGACUACCUGGAGUUUGGCCUGGAGCCUGGCUUUUCUAGCCUAUUUGAUAACUUGGAGAUAUUUGCCAAACAGCAGGGCUAUGCUGACUGGUCGAUCCCAGUGACUAAGCUGACGGUGAAGCUUGGUCUGGCUGCUGUCUGCGCUUACAUUGGUUCUCUCCUGGCCUUCCCCGGACUUCGGCUGGCUCAGACUCAUCUAGAUGCUGUACAGAUGAACUCACACCGCCCACUCAUUCAGUUUUUGCUGCACAUGAGUUUCCUUUCUCCAGUCAUUGUGUUGGUUCUGUGGGUGAAACCCAUUGCUAGAGACUUCCUGGCCAAUGCACCUAUGGGAAAGACUUCCAUCACACUAGUGCCCAGUGCAGCAUUUGACAGCAUGCGUCUGUGGAUCAUCGUUGGACUGUGUGCGCUGCGACUGGGACUGACCCGCUUCCACCUGCAGGCCUACCUCAACCUGGCCCAGAAGUGGGUAGAGCAGAUGAAGAAGGAGGCAGGACGCAUCGCUGCCAUUGACAUCCAAAGAAAGGUUACACGUGUGUUUUGCUACCUGAGCGUAGUUACUCUUCAAUAUCUGAUUCCUGUUCUGCUUAUCUUGUUCUCCACUCUGUCACUCAAGGCACUAGGAGGUUUCUCCUGGGGUGUAGGUGAGGAGGAGACUCCUGGGGUGACACCAGCACUGGUGAUGCCCACAGCAGCACCUGUGCUGCCUGGUGGUCUUGAUGAAGAUGAAGACGGGAUGGAAGACAUGGAGGAGGACAUCCAGGCCACAGUAGCUCACCUAACAGAGACUUUCACAGCGCUGCGGUCCGUCCUUACUCCACUUUUCUUCCGUGGUUUCUUCGCCUUCCUCACCUGGUGGGUGGCUGCCUGCCAAGUCAUCAGCUCUCUGUUUGGCAUCUACUUCCACCAGUACUUAAUGCAGAACUGAGGAAAUUUGAGUGCUUCACGUCUGGACUUGCAAUGGAACCUAAGCUGUCAGCCUAUGGUGUGCUGUUGCAAAGAAUGUCUGCAGGCAGCAAAGGGUACAUUUCAUGAAAACACUCAGCCACAGACAGAUUGCACCUCAUUUCUGGUUAAGUUUGGACACUGUUAUAGUUUCGACCAGCCGGACACUGGUUUCAGUAACAAAGAUAUACAGAAAGUACUGGGGCUUGUAUCUCAAAGCAAAUUCAACUUUUUUUUUUGUUUUAUUUUCUUUUAUUCUCGCUUCACCAAAUCAUGCAUCACAUAAAUGCAGAAAGUGCAUCUUUUCCAGCAUGUUAGAGCUGCCAAAGCAAAAGCUCCAGUUUAUGUCUAAACAGGAGAAGACUGCAGGUCACAUGUUCUCUGAACGCGCUUAGGGCUCAUCACUUAACUGGAACGAUUUCAUGAUAGUUCCAUUCUGUUUGUAAAACCAUCCUUCAAAUAUCAGGAGCACCCCCUAGUGGCAAAGCGCUCAGAAAUGGUAUGGUUCUCAGUCCGUGUACCAGAUUGAUCAAUCAAAGCUCGCUGGGAGACCAUGCUUCCUGUUUGGCAGCUCUGUUACGUUUAUACACUUUUAACAUGAUUGACAAGCAGAAACCUGUUUGAUAACAGACUCUUGGUCUGAACAUUACCUAUGCAAAUUUAGAUGAAGAGAGAAAAACAGAUUGUGGCGGGCUGAAUUUUUUUUUCUUUUUUUUAAAUAAAAUCUAGUUUUGUCACUAAGUUUUACUGAAAUAGUUUUGUUUCCAUUUAUUUAGUUGGUUCUCCCCAUCAAUUGUCAGAAAAGAUGAGCAAAGUUAUCAAGCUCAAAGUUCACAUUUCCCACAGAAAAUACUCUGAUGCUCUGAGCUGCCUUAAAUUGCUUUUCUCUACUUAUCAACAUCUCUAUUUAACACAUCUGCAUGAUGCCAGCCCAACAGGUUGUUUGGACAUUUAUUUAUUAAUAAAAGCUUAAAUUUAGAAAGUGAGGUAGAAUAAGAUGAUGGAUAAAAACAUUUUUAAUACCUUUUUAUUAGUUUAGCAUUUAAAAAAAGCCACUUUUCUCAUCAAAACACAAGUUGGUAUCACUUUUGUUUCGCUGAAUGCACUUGAAAUAACGAAUACUUUCGAAAAUGUAUUGAGACGGUUGUGUGUUAAACGACUUUACGUUACCAUGGUGGUUUAACCACUCAUCCAGCAUGACCUGCAGACUGGGUGGGAAACCCAGACUAAACCCAAACGUAGCCAGCCAGUUAACUGCACUUUGUCAUACACGCCCCAAAAGCAUUUUCCAUCCACUUUACAAGAACAUUUUUUUGCAACUUGUCAUAGGUACCUAUAAUAGUGUUAUCAGAGUAGGACUACUGUAAAAUGCUGCAUUUAAGAUAUUUAAUGGUACCAUAGGAGGUUUAAGUAUUUACUCCCUGAGUAGAAAGAUGUUAUGUUUAUGUAAGGGACUUUGUUUCCCUUAAAGAACCGAUUCAAGAGUGCUAAAUGGUUUUUUUCUUUUUUCUUUUUUGUUCUCUUUGUUUCUCUUUUUUUCUGUGACAGCGUUUUGCGGAUUAAUGUCUGGAAGCUGAUCUCUGAACAGUUUCUUUUUAUACAAAGUGCCUGGGAGCUCAGGGUUGACUCAUGAGUCACUUUUAAAGCCUCCCUCCUCCAUGUUUAUACAUAUUUAGAAACGUUUUAAUUAAUGGCUUGUACACAUUUGCAUUUUUUUUAAUAUAUUUUCACACACUACCCAUCAGCGACAUUUUUAAGCUGCACUGUCUUAAUUAACCACGUCAAGUUUGAGUUUGUGCUGUGUUUUUAAUAUUCGGUCAGUCAUGUACAGGUUAGAUUAAUCAGCACCUAUUUAUUUAUGUAUGUAGCAUUGCCUCUGAUCUUAGAAAUGACAUGCUCUG